AAACACCGACACGCUGAUAAUGUGUCUCUCUACACGCUAUGUGAGGUAAGAACUGGAACUGGAAGUCAGCAUCACGGGGCGGAGACAGAGAGAGGUACAUCCCCUGGUUCAACCUUGCAUGUCUGCUGUGUGGGCUGUGUGUAGUCUGCCCGGUUGGGGGCUGUGUGUUUCGUGCUGGUUUCGUGUAGUCUGUGGAGCAGGUGUCUGUGUUUCACUGUGUUUCUGUGUGUCUUGGUUCGCUGCUUGGUUCUGGGUUUGUGGUGGGUUGGUUCUGGAGGCGUUUUCCAUCCUGCAGCAUUUCGUUGCAGGACCAUCCUGCAAAUAGGGUCUCCCGUCUUGAACACCUGGUGAGGGUGACGGGUCUACGAUCUGCGUGCUCGCCCGCUCCGUUGAUCAGGCUGGCCCCCAGCUCGGCAAGCAGGAGCGCGAGGAGGCGGAGGCUAUGUCGGGCGCGAACGGUGAACCACGGAAAAUCCUCAAGCUCGAUGAGGAUGUCGUCAACAGGAUCGCCGCGGGAGAGGUGGUGCAGCGUCCGGCGAACGCUGUGAAGGAGCUGAUGGAGAACAGCUUGGACGCAGGGUCGACGUCCAUCACCGUCACCGCCAAGCAGGGCGGGCUGAAACUGCUGCAGAUACAAGACAACGGCCACGGCAUACGUCGGGAGAUGUUUGAGGCAUGGAAUAGAGAGGAAAGGACGGUAACUGUACUGGGGUAUAGGAGGUGGGUUGAAAAGGCGGGAAGGGAUAUCGGNCCGGGGUCGACCGAACGAUUGCAGGUGACGAUUACCUCCAAGACGCCCUCUUCUCGGGUGGCGUACAAGGCCAAGUACUCGGACGGGAGGCUUGUGGCGGGAGGGCCCGGACAGAGCGCCGACCCCAAGCCGUGCACGGGCGUUACGGGGACCACCAUACUGGCGGAAGACCUUUUCUACAAUAUGGACACGAGGAGGCGAGCGUUCAAGAGCCCCGGCGAGCAAUACAAGGGGAUCCUCGAUGUCGUUACCCGCUACGCCGUCCACUUCGGCGACAGGGGUGUAUCCUUCACGUGCAAGAAGCACGGUCAGCCCGGCCCCGACCUACACACGCCUCCGAGGUCCAGCUGCCUGGCGAACAUCCGGGUGGCGUUCGGGCCGGCGCUGUCGCGGGAGCUCGUGGAGUUGGAGUGCUCCCAGGCCGAGGAAUUGCUUGACCAGGGGGUGGACGGAGGCGGAUCAAUGAAAGUUGAGUUCCACUCCAUUGGGCACCACGCCGUGUUGGGUGUUCAAUGCCCAGGAAAGAAGGCGGGUUCUACGAAGGUGCUUCUCUCCGACAACCUUGUGUCUCGCCCGUUGUUGCCGUUCCCCUUGCGUGCCUUGCGUGCAGAAGUGCCGCCCUCGAAGUUUGCGUUCAAGGCGAAAGGGCUCGUGUCGGGGGCUGACUACAGCGCCAAGGU